AUGCCCCGGGACAACCAGCACAUUACAGUACUUGAGGUAACGCAUUCGAAAACGGCACCAGAGAUCCAGCAACUCGUCGAUACUGUGCGAGAUAAGAUACCUAUCAUGACCGACUAUACCCACGAGCAUCGCACGCGCCUCAUUAAGCCUCUUAUCGGGUACGAUGCCUCGGCGAUAGCGUUGAGCUUUGUACCUGCAGCUGGCGAGGGACUGCACUCUGGCCGUACGCCAAAAGAUGACAAGUUCACUUACCACCAUCUUCGCCGGGAUAUGUUCUCUAUGUGUCGCGAUGCAGGUCUCCAAGUGGAAUCGCGAUACGUCGUACCGUCAAGCCAUCUCACCAUCGGCCGCUUCAUCUAUACCAAAGAUCAGGAAGACGAAAACGGCUCGCUAGAUCCUGAGAAGACGAAGGCUUUGAUCGACAAGAUCGAGGAGAUCAACGCCUGGCUGCAGAAAGACUACUGGCCGGAAUAUAAUGAAGGCAAGAUACCUGCCGGUGGAGAGUUCAACGUGGGCCAGGAAAAAGGUUUGCAUUGUGGGACGGGUCCCCUUUGGUAUGGCGGAGGCGAUGCAGUGCAUCUUGGGAAGGGCUACUGA